GUGUUGUGGUGUAGACGGAAGUGAAAGGAGGACUUCCCCCUGCACAAUAAUUCAUUCCUCAUUGGAAACAGUUGAAGGAGUACACCUCCGGUGCAGACAUGUCUACUGCGUACAGAAACAGGAUACAGGAGUUCAAAGUGGCAUUGAGUGAAGAAAACAUCAAUUUGAAGACGCUAAGGGAACUCUGCUUCAAUGGAGUCCCGUUUGAAGGAGGCAUACGAGCACUUUGCUGGAAAAUCCUUCUGAAUUAUCUACCUCUCGAUCAAACGUUAUGGGAGUCUUUCCUCAAAAAGCAAAGGGAGGUCUACUCUCAGUUUCUAAAAGAAAUGAUCAUCCAGCCGGGGAUCGCUAAGGCCAACCUCGGCCUUUCCAGAGAAGACGUGACUAUGGAGGACCAUCCUUUAAAUCCAAACCCAGACAGCAGGUGGAACAACUACUUCAAAGAUAACGAAAUCCUGCUGCAGAUAGACAAGGAUGUGAGGCGUUUGUACCCAGACAUGGCUUUCUUCCAGCGUCCCACAGACUACCCGUGUCAGCUGAUCCUGGAUCCUCAGAACGACUACGAGACGCUGCGUCGACGAGUCGAACAAACCACGCUGAAAGCACAGACUGUGAACCGCAACCGCAGUGGAGUCACAAACGUCAGCUCUCCCGGGAAGUCUUUGAACUUGUAUCCCUCUAACGAGUACGAGGUGCUGCCCAGUGGGAGUGAAGCUCACUGGGAGGUGGUGGAACGGAUCCUCUUCAUCUACGCCAAACUCAACCCCGGGAUCGCCUACGUCCAAGGCAUGAACGAGAUCGUCGGGCCCAUUUACUACACGUUCGCUACGGAUCCAAACAGCGAGUGGAAAGAGCACGCGGAGGCAGACACCUUCUUCUGUUUCACCAACCUGAUGUCAGAGAACAGAGACAACUUCAUCAAGAGCCUGGACGACUCUCAGUGUGGCAUCACCUACAAGAUGGAGAGCGUGUACUCCAUGCUCAAAGACAAAGACCUGGAACUCUAUCUCAAGUUGGAAGAGCAGAAGAUCAAACCGCAGUAUUUCACGUUCCGCUGGCUGACCCUGUUGUUAUCUCAGGAGUUCCUCCUGCCAGACGUCAUCCGGAUCUGGGACACCCUGUUCUCAGACCAGGACCGGUUCCACUUCCUCAUACUGGUCUGCUGCGCCAUGCUGGUACUCAUCAAAGAUAAGAUCAUGGUGGGAGACUUCACAGUCAAUAUGAGAUUACUACAGGAUUACCCCAUCUCAGACGUCCACACCAUCCUGAUGAAGGCCAAAGACAUGCGGGAUAACUCGUAACCUGUUUCCUCUCCCCCUCCUGCCUCCUCUUCUCAGACGUGGUAGGUGAGAGUUCAAACAUUAAAAAAACAAUGGUGUCACCGUCGGAGGACUUUAUCGAUGAAGAGCCUGGACAGAUGUGUCGGGGGGGAACUCAGCGUACUGCUUUUAAACUCAGUGUUCGACCAGUGGGGAGAUAUCCCCUCCUGGAAGUGAGGAGGAGGUGCCGCUCGCUUCCUGGUGCAUUAUGGGUAAAAGAAGCUCCUCUCAGCCAUCGCUCCCAUGGAGACUUGUUUAGCUCAGAUCAUAAAGUUUGCACUGAACAUGGGAGGGAGAGGGAGCCGCGUAAGUCCAACACUACCAACCUUACGAAGAAAAGACUUGAACAAAAAAAUCCCAGCGGGACGUCGUUUCACGUCAGAAAGAGCAAAAUGUUUAUCUGGGUUGAGCAAUAGUGCAUGUUUAUUCUUAAAGGUUUUUUUUUUAUUUUUUAGAAGUUGAAUGUUUUUAUUGUAUGAAACAUUUAUGCCUUAUCUGUUCAAUGAUGUGAAACAGGAGACGGCGUUCUCCGUCUGGAUAAAAUAAAUAUGAAGUGACGGGCCACGCCUGUUGAAUAUCGUA